ACACUCAAAUAGUUGAACUGCUGCUGAAGGAAAAAGUUAAUCCUAAUGUACAAAAAAAAGAUGGCUGGAAUGCAUUUAUGGUAGCUUGUCAAAAUGGCCAUACUCAAAUAGUUAAAAUGUUGCUGAAGGAACAAGUUGAUCCUAAUAUUCAAGACAAAGAUGGCUGGAAUGCUUUUAUGUUAGCUUGUAGAAAUGGUCACAUUCAAAUAGUUGAACUGUUGCUGAAGGAACAAGUUGAUCCAAAUGUUCAAAACAAAGAUGGUUGGAAUGCUUUUAUGGUUGCUUGUCAAAAUGGUCACAUUUCAAUAAUUGAAUGGCUACUGAAGAAACAAGUUAAUCCUAAUGUUCAAAAGAAUAAUGGUUGGAAUGCUUUUAUGUCAGCUUGUAGAAAUGGUCAUACAGAAGUAGUUAAAAUUUUGCUGAAGGAACAAGCUAAUCCUAAUGUCCAAAAAAAGGAUGGUUGGAAUGCAUUUAUGUUGGCUUGUCAAAAUGGUCACACUGAAAUUGUUGAACUGUUGCUGAAGGAACAAGUUGAUCCCAAUGUUCAAGACAUAGAUGGUUGGAAUGCCUUUAUGUUGGCUUGUCAAAAUGGCCACUCUCAAAUAAUUGAAAUGCUGCUCAAGGAACAUGUUGAUCCUAAUGUUCAAAAGAAUAAUGGUUGGAAUGCUUUUCUGUCAGCCAGUAAAAAUGGUCACACUCAAAUAGCUAAACUGUUGUUAAAGGAAAAGGUUAAUCCUAAUUAUCAAGACAAGGAUGGUUGGAAUGCAUUUAUGUUGGCUUGCCAAAAUGGUCACACAAAACUAGUUGAACUAUUGCUAAAGGAACAAGUUGAUCCUAAUGUUCAAACAAAAGAUGGAGAAAAUGCUUUGAUGUUGGCAUGUCAAAGUGGCCACUCUGAAGUAGUUGCACUAUUGCUGAAAGCACAAGUCAAUCCCAAUAUUCAGGAUAAAAAAGGUCAUACUGCAUUAAUAAUUGCCAGUGCUAAAGGACAUUAUGAAGUAGUUAAGUUAUUAAUAGAAUUAAAAGCAGAUCCAACUAUUAAAUCUAAUAAAGGCCACACUGCAUUAAAAUGUGCAGAAAACAUCGAAAUAUCUCUAUUACUUAGUAGUUAUUUAAAAGAAUACUACACAGAACAACAAGAUGAUGCUGCUAGUGUAUUUUCGUUGACAAGUGGAUAUUAUACUGCAGCAUCAGAUAAUACCAGUAUUAGAAGUGCUCCUUCUAAUUUGAGUUUAGAUUUGCUGAUUGAUUAUAGUAGUGAUGCUGAAAGUGAUGCUUAA